AUGGGUGCCUGGCAAAACUUCAAGGACGGCUUCAGGGCCGAGGAGGGAGACUCAACGUCCCUCUCCAGCGCCGCCCCGCCCAACUACGACGACAAGGGCGAAAAGGCCGACUACGACCCUCAUGCCGUCGAGACUCAAGGCGUCCCGGUCGCCGCUGAGAACAACGGCGGUCUCAAGCGUGGUCUCCACGGACGACACGUCCAGUUCAUUGCCCUCGGUGGCUCCAUCGGUACCGGUCUCUUCAUCGGCUCCGGAGGUGCCCUCGCCACUGGUGGCCCCGGUUUCCUCAUGAUCGACUUCAUCCUGAUCGGUUUCAUGCUCCUCGCGGUCGUCAUGGCCCUUGGUGAACUCGCGUCCAUCUUCCCCGUCGCCGGAUCUUUCGCUGCCUACUCGACCCGCUUCAUCGACCCCGCCGUCGGUUUCGCUAUGGCCUACAACUACUGGCUCCAGUGGCUCAUCGUCCUCCCCCUCGAGCUCGUCGCCGCCUCGAUCGUCAUCACCUACUGGGACCCUAACGAGGUGGUGCCGCGCGGCGUCUGGGUCGCGCUCUUCCUCGUCAUCAUUGCCAUCAUCAACUUCUUCGGUGUCCGCGGAUACGGAGAGUUUGAGUUCUUCGGCUCGCUCGUCAAGGUCCUCGCUGUCAUCGGCUUCAUCCUGGUCGGCAUCAUCAUCAACUGCGGCGGUGGCCCGAACGGACGCUACUACGGCGUCGAGACGUGGCGCAACCCCGGUGCCUUCAACAACGGCUUCAAGGGCUUCGCCUCGGUCUUCGUCACGGCCGCCUUCUCGUACGCCGGCACUGAGCUCAUUGGCCUCGCCGCCGCCGAGACCUCGAACCCGCGCAAGGAGAUCCCCAAGGCUGCCAAGCAGAUCUUUGCCCGUAUCAUCAUCUUCUACGUCGUCUCGCUCUUCAUCGUCAGCACCAUCGUCCCCUACACCGAGCCCCGCCUUGGCUCCGGCUCGUACGACGCUCGCGCCUCGCCCUUCGUCAUUGCCAUCGACUACGCCAAGAUUGACGUCCUGCCAUCGAUCAUGAACGCCGUCAUCCUCAUCUCGGUCCUCUCGGUCGGCAACUCGGCCGUCUACGCCGCGAGCCGUACCCUCGGCGCCAUGGCCAACAUCGGACAGGCCCCCAAGAUCUUCUCCUUCGUCGACCGCAACGGACGCCCCGUCCCCGCCGUCCUGCUCUCGCUCAUCUUUGGCCUGCUCGCCUUCCUCGUCUACGCCGCCGACGACGCGCGCAGCACCGUCUUCAACUGGCUGCUCGCCAUCUCGGGUCUGUCGACCAUCAUCACCUGGAUGUGCAUCUGCAUCGCCCACGUCCGCUUCCGCAUCGCGUGGCAGAGGAACGGCCACACGCUCGAGGAGCUGCCCUGGAAGUCGCCCUUUGGCAUCUACGGCUCCUACUUCGGCGCCUUCUUCAACUUCCUCGUCAUCUGCUUCACCUUCUACACCGCCGUCUUCCCCAUCGGCGAGGGCGAGAUGACCAGCAGCGACCGCGUCACCGCCUUCUUCAUGUCCUUCAUCUCGGUCCCCAUCGUCAUCCUCUUCUGGGCCUUCUGGAAGAUCGUCCACAGGUCCAAGAUUGUCGCCAUCGACGAGAUCGACAUCACCACCGGCAGGCGCGACCCCGUCCCCGUCGAGGUCCUCCGCCGCGAGCGCGAGGAGGCCGCCGCCCGCCCCCUCCACAUCAAGAUCUUCAAGGCCAUCUUCUAA